CGAAAACUGGAGAAAGCUGUAGCUAGUCAUGAUAACACGGCCGCUUGUCUUCGUUAUAGUAUGUUUUGGAUUCUUCAUUUUGCUUCAAUCGUUGGUACCAAAGGUGAUGGCAUUGAAGAACUCCAACGUUGACGAAUACAUGCUCGAAGAUCAAAGGACUCGUAAAAGAAAAAACUAUGUCGUGCGAUUGGCUAGAGACGGUGAAAUAUUAGGGAAUUCUGGAAAUUUAGGUACAAUCUAUGACACAGAUUCUUUUCAACCGGACCCUACGAAUCCUGAAGAGCUGUCCGCAUUUAUUGUGGACUACGCAAACAUGAUACGGAACGAUGUCAUCUUAUUAGAUAAAUCUGUUGAAACAAGGACACGGAAAAGGGGUAACAUUCAAGUUAAGAAGUAUAACAAUCAAGCGCUACCAGAUCCGCCCUGCACGUGUAAUUUUAGCAAAGUUAUAGAAGAUUUUGGUGAAAAUACGUAUCCACGUUUCGUGGAAACUAGAAAUUGUACUCAAACGCGACAACUGGCGUGCCGUCGACCGUAUGUCUGCAAAGAAAACUACUACAAUCUAACAAUAUUGAAAAGACGGGAGUUUCAACAUCAAAUGUCUUCAAUAGAUAUACCAUCUGAUUUAAAAUUUCGAUGGAUUGCGGAAUAUCGACCUAUUAGCGUUGGAUGUGUUUGCACUAGAGAUUACUACGAUAUUGAAAAUUAAACGUAUAUGACGGAAAAUCGAGAAGCAGAAAAGAAGAAUCGAAAAUGUCUUUCCAAAGGUAUCAUUUAAAUCUGUGAAUAGAGCAAUCUUGGGCAUAUUUUGAAAAUAAAACUGUAGAUCUUA